GGACGCGGACGGGCCAUGGCGGCGGUGCUGCUCGCGGUGCUGGGGCUGGCGCUGCUGCGCGUCGAAAGCGCCUCGGCGGCAGCUGGCUUUGUGAGGUGCCCGCUGUCCCAGGAGGGGCGGGUGGGGGGCAGCGUGGAGCUGCACUGCGAGGCUGUGGGCAGCCCGCUGCCCGAGAUCCAGUGGUGGUUUGAGGGGGACGGUCCCGGUGACACGAGCUCCCAGCUGUGGGACGGCGCCUGGCAGGACCGUGUCCACAUCCACACCGCCUACCGCGAGCGUGCGGCCAGCACCAUGUCCAUCGCUCGGCUCCGCGCCCAGGAUGCUGGCACCUAUGAGUGCCGGGCCAGCAACGACCCCGACCGCAACCACCUCACGCGGCCGCCCCGGGUCAAGUGGGUCCGUGCCCAGGCGAGCCUGGUGGUCCUGGAACAGGGCACCGUGACCACGGAAGUAACAAGAUCGGACUCCAAAGUGCUGCUGUCCUGUACCCUGAGUGACAGUGCAGGACAGGUGACCGGCCACCGCUGGCUCCGGGGGGACAAGGUUCUCCACGAGGACCAGGAGUCGGGGCUGCACACGCAGUACGAGGCAUCCGGGGAUGACAUGUUUGGCCGGUACUCUUGUGUCUUCCUCCCCGAGGGCACGGGCAGUGCCGAGUUGGACGCGUUCGGGCCCCCCAGAAUUAAGGCUGUGAAGAAGUCGGAGCACGCCAACGAGGGGGAGACGGUCACGCUGGUGUGUAAGUCCGACUCCUACCCACCCGUGACCAGCUGGCUCUGGUACAAGGUGGCCGACACUGGGCUCCAGGUCAUCGUGAAUGGCUCCGAGAGCAAGUUCGUCAUCAGCCACUCAGACGCCAAGUCGGAGCUGCAGAUCAGGGACCUGGACCUGGAGCUGGACCCCGGGCAGUACGCCUGCAACGGCACCAGCGAGCAGGGCUCGGAGGAGGUGGUGGUGACGCUGCGCGUGCGCAGCCGCCUGGCCGCCCUCUGGCCCUUCCUGGGCAUCGUGGCCGAGGUGCUGGUCCUGGUCACCAUCAUCUUCAUCUAUGAGAAGCGGCGGAAGCCUGACGAGGUGCUGGACGAUGAUGAUGCGGGUGCCGCUCCACUGAAGAGCAGCGGGCACCACGCGAACGACAAGGGCAAGAACGUCCGUCAGAGGAAUGCCUCCUGAGCAGGUGCUGGGCGGGUGCCUGGAGUCUGCCGCCCUUCCCAGCAGUGCCACAUCCCAGAACCCCCCCCCACCCUGCCCCUCAGCACCCCCUUUCCCACCCGCCCCUCCCUCCCCGUGUGUGCCACUCCUUGCCCUGGGCCCUGGCUGACCCCUGCAGGCAUCCAGUGCCACCCUGUCCCCCAGAAGGUCACAGGCGACGUGCCCACUGGAGCAGGUGCUGUUGGCCCUGCUCGAACCUCCCUGUGUACCAGGCAGCAGUGGCCCCAGCUGCCCUCAGGGUGACCCCCCACUGCUCCCACCAGCCUCUCCCCGGCUCAGUGGGGGGCUUGCUCCUCACCCAAUAAAGGCUGAACCCCCAAA